AUGUUGGAGGGGUUGGCUGCAUGGGUUUUAAACACCUAUGUCGGUGAAUAUUUGGAAAAUUUGAACACGGACCAACUGUCAAUCGGUCUUCUACAAGGUGCUGUUGAACUUGAGAAUUUACCGUUGAAGAAAGAUGCAUUGAAAGGGUUGGAUCUACCAGUUGAGGUCAUUGCAGGUUUUGUUGGUAAGAUUACUUUGCAAAUUCCUAUGCGAAGGAUGAGAAGUGAACCCUGGGUAAUAUCUAUUGAUAAACUCUAUCUCGUUGCUGGUCCUACAAAACAAACUGAGUACAAUGAAGAGAAAGAAAAGAAGAUGCAACAAGAGCGAAAACAGAAACAGUUAGAUGCUUUUGAGUCAAAAUGGAAGCUCAAUAUAAGGGAUGUACAUAUACGAUACGAAGAUUCAACUACUAUACCAAACCAGUCUUUUGCAUUUGGUAUCACCAUCACUAAGUUGUCAGCUCAAAGUACAGAUGGCAGUUGGGUUCCCAAGUUUGUAAGCAGAGACAGCAGUGAAAUGAUGUAUAAACUAGUAGAAUUACAAGACUUUGCCCUCUAUUGGGAUCUCAAUCCAGAGUUUAUUGGUGAUCUACCCAUGACUGAAUUAGCUGAUGCAUUACAGAGGAAUAUGUUCAAAGCUAAAGGUCAAGACAUUUUCCAGGAACACGAGUACAUCUUGAAACCUGUAAGUGCCAAAGCCAAGUUCAAAAGAAAUCUAUCUGCCAUUCCAUUAAGAUCUCGUAACAACCCUCGUAUUGCCUGUGAUCUUCAACUUACCAGUAUUCCAUUAGAGCUGAUAGAACACCAGUAUAGGGGUAUUGUGGCGCUUAUUAAAGAAUACGAGAGAUAUGAGAAAGCUAGAAGACACCGUAAAUGGCGGCCGUUGUGUAAAGUCAAAGAAAGUCCUAAGCUUUGGUGGAAGUUUGCAAUAAACGCCACGCUGCAUUGCGUCCAAGAGAGAAAUAACAAACAAUGUUGGUUCUAUAUAUUAAACCGUGGUAGUAAUAAUGUGAGAUAUGUUCAUGCAUAUACACAUUAUCUGACUAAUCCCACUAUGGCAGGGGAACUCAAAGAACACAAGGACUUGAUGGAGACAGAGUUGAGUUUUGAAGAGUUACGAAUCCUGAGGGAAGUGGCCAUGGAGAGGAUUAAGAGGGUAGAAGUAUUGACUGAGGCUGCUAGAAAAGUAAUUGAAAAAAAGGAACAACAGGCACUGCAGCAACAGCAGGAACAAUAUCAAGGUGGUGUAUUCCAAAGAUGGUUCCCAGGUUGGGGAGGAUGGUAUUCAUAUCCAACAGCAGAAGAUCCCAGUGGGAUAUCUCCAAGUGGUGGAACAGCUCCAAGUGUACCUUCUGUCAUUGAUGAAGAAGAAAUGAUGGCUGCUUUUGGAGACAGUUCUGAUGAUGACACUUUCAUGAAAAGAGACAACGUCUUUGCACUUCUGAACUUUUCACUGAACACUGGUACCUUUCGACUCAGUGAUAACUCUCCAUCCCGUCCCGGCACCACUAAACAGCCCAUCAUGGAGCUCAAAUUUGACACUGUUAAUUUGAGUUUUGAAUCGCGUCCAAGAUCUAGUUCUAUGUUGUUUAAUGUGAGCCUAGAUGCCUUGUAUCUGACAGAUUUGUUAACUGAAGGUUCAUUGUACCCCAAGCUUGUACAGCCUCAAUGUUCUAAGGAUAAAAAAGGUAAUGUUCAAGGAAGACAAUAUUUCGGUAUGAUUCCAGCAACCCCUGAGAAACUAUCAUACACAGAUCAGAUGUUUCCAGGAACAAAAAAAGAAGAACCACUGUUUGUUCUGGUCUAUGAAAAGAGGCCAACAAGUACGAAUGCAGAUUACAGAUUGGAAAUUACAAGUAGACCUCUUGAUAUGAUAUAUAAUCCCAAGCCAAUCAGAAGGGUGUCUGAUUUCUUCAGUCCCAAACAAAGUGGGAUGUCUUCGAGGCCAUCUGAGUUGCAUCUCACCAAGGCUGCACGUAUAAGAUACGAGGAGCUGAAGAACCAGACCAGAGCUGAGUUACUGCAAGCAUGGGACCAAGUACUGGAAGGUGGUACUGUGAACCAUGCCAAGAGAUGGGCAAUACACAUGGACGUAUCAGCACCACAUAUUAUAAUACCAGAUAACUUUCAAUCCCCUGAUGCUAUGCAGGUAAUAUUAGAUCUUGGACAUUUAGAGUUUGCUAAUACCAAUGCUAAAGGUAUGGCCAAAAAGAAACGAGCUAAAUCAGAAAUAGAAGAGGAGGAGGAGGAGGAUGAUGAUGAUCAACUGGAUGACGAUGAUGACUUCGCAACUCCACUCUCGUCUCCUGGUGAGAUGGCGCCACUUGAAGAAGAUACUGUUGCUCGUGGUGAUAUUACUUCCAUUGAUUUUGCCGAUGAAAGUAUAUCAGAAAGCACUUUACGAGAUAAGCUAUAUGACAGGUACACCCUAGAUAUGUCUGAUCUACAAGUAAUUGUGGCUAAAGGGUCUUACAACUGGAAGCGAGCUUACAUGAAAGGCACAAGUGCAGUACAUGUAGUAGAUAGAUUUACAAUAUCAGUGCAGUUAGAAAGAAGGAUUAUAUCUACUACUGAUCCUCAGUGGCCCAGUGCUACGUUAUCUGGUACCCUACCAAAACUAGUAUUGCAUGUCAAUGAGAACAAGAUCCAUGCUAUACGGAAAUGUAUCAAUUUAUUCUCCAGUCCAAAAUCAGACAAGAAAUUAGCUUCGCCAAGUCAAACACGUAUACAUAAUAUUCUCAGUGAGGUUGAUUUGGAAGAUUACAGUAGAGGUAGAAGUAGCAGCUUAUUGGAUGUUGAUAACAGCUAUUCUCAGCAGACCAGUAAAGAAUUGGUAGUAGAGUCUCGACAGCUGUUAAUGCAGUUCUCAGUGGAUCAAGUUUCCCUAGAAGUACAGAGUAGAGGUCGUUGUAUUGCUGAAUUACAAGUAUCAGGAGUGAAAGCCAAUCUAACAAAGAGACCAUUUGACACAUCGGUAUCAUUAACUGUACAUGGAUUACUCCUAGUAGAUGCACUCACAACAUUUGGUGGUGGAUUUGAACUCUUGAUGGCUUCCCAUAAAAAUCUCAGUAUGGAUAUUCCUAGUGGCAGUAUGCUUGAUAGUGAUCCAUCAUCUCCUGCAUCCCAGCAGUCACCAGUGAGUCCACAGUCACCAGCAUCACCAACAGAGUCAUCAGGAUAUGCUAUACCUGUUACAAAAUCAGCAUCACAUUCAGCUUUGGCUACAGCAUUUGCUGCCAUGAGAGCAUCACCUGAUCCAGGUGGAGGUGCAUUAAAUUUAGACACUGAAAGACAGAAUAGCUCUCUGGAUGACACAGAAGCAUUGAUCACUGCAGAGUUUGAGAUCAUCAGUCCUAACUGUCCAACCAACAAUACUGAAGGGGAAACCUUACAAAUAGCAUCAGUGCAGUUCAAUAACCUGGAUUUAAUAGCUAAUCAAGAGACAGUAGUGGAGUUGUUAGGAUUCUUCAAACGAGUAUUGCCCACUUCAAAGAGUAAGAUGAAGAUGAGUGGUAAAUCCAUGGAGUCCAAUCUCACUAUAUCAACUGAACAUAUUAAUAAGAUCACAUCAUCAGACUCCGUACGGACUGAGCUCACUGCAGAUUUUCAUCGUUUAAAUGUACUUUUGUUACGAGGUAUACGGAAAGACAACAAACUGAUAGCGAGGAAGGUUGGGACAGCCACAAUGACAGGUGCCCACAUCCAAGCAUCAGUAGGGGCUGAUAUUGAGGUGGAUGGUUUUCUUGGCGGGUUACAAGUGGUGGAUCUAACACCAGAGGGUGCCAUACACAGUAAAGUAUUCAGUAUUGGCGAUGAUGUACUCUCUCAAGACCUAGAUUCUAUACAGAGUGACAUUGGUGUGACUAAACCAGAGCCAAUUCCUGCAGAAAUGUACAAGACAGCUUAUGAUUCAACUGUGUUUGCAGCAACAGACGCGGACAUUGAUUCGACAAACAAGGCUUUCUAUUUUUCCUUCCACAAGUCCCGGGCUAAUAGCCAGCCUUCUUCACCUUUGGAAUCUACCACAAGGUCUGCUUUUCUAGAUAGUGAUGUCGGAACACCGUUUUCUUCAUACCCAUACAGGCAUGUGGGGAGUCAAGGAACAGAAUUGAAGCUCAGAAUGGCGUCCUUGUGUUACACCCACUCGCCAAGAUUCAUUGCUGAACUUUCCUCGUGUGCGAGUGAGUUCAAGAUGUACAUGUCUUCACUGGCAGUUUCUAUAACACAAGCAGCCACUGAGGUUGCCAAGGGUAUAGUUACAAAGAGAGAUUAUCUGACGUCAUCUAUGGGUCCGUCCUCACUCAGUGGCGUCCUUGACUCACCCGUUAGGAAAAGUACAUUGUCGCUUAGCGAAAGCCUUAUCAGUGGUGAUGGCGGUGAAGGCUACUUUGCCGAUGACUCGCUGGCACAGAGUGCUUCAAACAAAUUGAAAUUGGAUAUCGUAAUGCAGACCCCCGUGGUGGCUUUCCCACGGACACCAACAAGCUCUGAACUUCUUGUUGGACACCUUGGUAAGAUUUAUCUGCACAAUGUGAUGCGGAGGACUGCUGCACACGAGUCGAUGCAUUGGGUGGAUGACCGCAUUGAAAGAAUGUACAUGGAAAUACGAGAUAUCAACGUGUUUUCAAUCAAUAGUGACUAUUUAAGUCGACAAGCUAGAAUGGACAGUCUUAAAAAAGAUGUCCAGCUAUCAGAUGCGUUAAUGUCGACGAGGCGUGGUGAUCCCAUUCUGCAUAACACUACUAUUGAACUGACCAUUGAUCAGAUUCCAUCAGAAAUUCAGCUCGGUGAUCAAGAUGAAGCGACUAACAUUCAUUUUGAAGACCUUCAAGACAGUGGUGAAGCAACGCAAAGUACAUUAAAAGUGACAGGCCGAGUAGUCACCCCUUUGAAGGUGGUUUUUGCAAAGCACGUCUUUGAACAGGUUUUGCAGACACUUGAUAAUUUAACUUUUAACGACAAGAAUGGGAAUCCUGAUGAAAUGAGAUCUGAUGCUUCCAUCCCUCCAGCGAGUUCUGCUACAAGUCUUUCUUCUCAGCAGUCAGAUGACUUAUCACCUGAUAGAAAAACUGUGAGAUUUGAAGAAGGGGAACAUCCCACAGCAUCAGACAAUCUUCCAAGUCCCACACAGGAUGCAUCUUUAAAAGUAGUUGCAGACUUUGAACUGCCUGUAUUGGAUGUUACUUUACAAGAUGACUUCGGGGAUGGCAACCAGGAUUUGGUCGAGCUCGCCUUCAAAGAUUUCAAAGUGAAUCUCGAGAAAUCCACGCCGUAUACAACUUCCAUUCAGGUUGCUUUAGGAUCCUUGAUUAUGGAGGAUUUGUUGCAACCUGCUGAAUCAAAACAUCGUUACCUUAUGGUGUCAACUGCCCAGCCACAAAAACCACAAUCAAUGCAGCAAGAAGGGCCAGCAUUUCUCUCAAGUUCUUGUCCGAUAAGGACAAAGCCCACACCUGCACACACCACUGCAUCCUCCCUGCCUGCCAGUCUUCAACCCAAAUACCAUGAUUCGCAUGGCAAGAAGAAGUUCCUCUUGCAACUACCACCACGUUCCAAAUCGGCUGAGUACAACAGUGCUGAUGGUUGUCCAGCAACACCCCCACCAUCUAUCAGAGAAUCGUCAGAGGAUCUGUCAGAUGACAAAUCCCAUGAUGCACUGGUGCAUAUCAAUUUACUUCUUGUCGACAGAAAAUGUCCAGAAUUCUACACAAAGUAUCGAUCAAUCAACAGACUGGUGGAUAUUGACUUCAAUUCAUUAGAUACAACCAUUAAUUUACAGACAUGGGUUGUCUUGUUAACAUUCUUUGGUAUUGGUACACCUAAAGGCAAAGUUGUAUCACCUGACACUGCAAGUACUAGUGGUGGAAAAGUAUCCCCGGUCAUACCACCCUCUAGUGUCCAAAGUGAAGACAGUGUUGAAACUAUCAAUCCAUACAUAGACGAGUCACAUGAUCAAGAGGAACAGGAAGUGAACUCUGAAUUUGAUGUCAAAGUUCAAUCACUGACGCUUAUUCUCAACAAGCCGCAGUAUGAAUUGGCCAGAGCCAACGUGUCUAAACUGUCAGCUCAUGUUGGUUUGAUAGAUGGCAACAUGUCAAUGUCAGGAAGCCUGGGACGUGUGUCAUUAAUGGAUUUAACACCAUAUGGGGAAUUGUACAGAGAGAGGUUUGUCACCACGGGGGAAGAGGCCUUAGGAUUUGAUAUAUUCAAGUAUGGUAGUGAUGAUCCUUUCCUUGUGAGAGAGUGUGAUAUUAAGGUUGAAUUAAGAAUGUCAUCAGUGAGAUACAUCCAUACGCAUCGAUUUCAGAGUGAAACUGUGGCAUUCUGUGAACAUUUUAAUAACCUGCAUAAUCACAUGGGACAUACUAGUGCUGUUAGUAAAGGUAAAGAGAUCAAGAUUAAAGAUUCUCAGAAGACUGCAUCUCGGAUAAAACUUGAUGUGGAAGCUGGUUCUCCUGUAAUUCUGUUUCCUAAAAGUUCUUCCUCUACAGAAGUUCUUGUUGCUAACCUUGGAAACCUAACAAUCAAGAAUCAGUUUCUUUAUGCAGGUUCACCGGGCACCAAGUCAGUUAUAUUGAAAGAUCUUGAUGUCUUCACUGAAAACUAUGUCCCAGCCUCAUCUGUUUUUAUGAGCCCACCUCAACAACCAGGUUGGCAAAAAGACGACACAACAGCACGAUCUCCGGCAAGUGUUGAAUCCAGUAUAGACUCGUCUUUCACUACGCCUUUAACAUCACCACUCGGUGAAACUGCUGGUCUUGGGGGAAGCUGGAAAUUGGGUAGUGAACAGCCCACUAAUGCCGGUCAGAAUCAGCAAUCCACUAGUGGCGGUCAGAAUCAGCAGGCCCCCAGUGAUGGUCAGCAACCCACUGGUCCGAGCCCUCUUACUCAUCGAUGUCUUUUAGAUGUGAUGCACAUAGAUCUGGUUGAUAUGUACCUGUACUCUGCUGAAAGACUGGAAGCGCAAGAGGAGACAAAAGAAAUCCAACAAUCCGUUAUGGUCUUCCCAACAUUUAUUGUUAAGAGUAAGGGUGGAAAGCUGCUGAAGAAAACGUGUAUGUUGAAACUUCAGGUUGAAAGGAAUCUAAACGCGGACUUCAGCAGAAUUGUUCCUAAUUUCAGUAUCAAUGGAAUGCUGUCGUCCAUUCAUUGUUCCAUGGAUCGCAUGCAGUUCAAUUUGAUCAAAGGAUUUCUGGAUAAGAAUCUGGGAGAACCGCUAGAAGAAUUUGAGAAACCAGUCACAUCGUAUUGUGAAGAACCAGUAGGCCAGACCAUUCUUAGUGGGCGUGCCUGGCCGAAUAUCUCCAUGACGAUUGACUUGGUUAAUGUCAGUGUAGAGUUGCUGAAAAACCAUGAACAGAAGAAUGUAAAUGAAGCAUCAUUAGCCAGGAUUGAUUUUAUAAAAUCUAAGUUCUCUUAUGAAAGUUUCUCAGAUCAGUCCAAGACGGUGGAUCUCGUUUCGCAUGCUAUCGUAGCACAUGAUACAAGGUAUCAAGAUAAACCUGAAGAUUCCAGACCAAAUGUCUUCCUGGAAAUUCUGAGUCCAACUAAACAUAAAAGCAGUGCCAAUUCUUUGCAAGCUGAGCUUCACUACCGUUCCACCCAGGAUGUCACCAGAUUUACCAUGCUUCUUAACAACAUGCGAGUCAUGGGUAUAUUUGAUUGGUUGAUUGCAGUCAAAGAAUUCCUCGCUAAUAAAGAUGAUGAAGAAAUGAAAAAUGAAACAGACACAUCUUCAUCAGUGAGGUUCUCCAAUGAUAUGUCAUCACCUAGAGACAAGUAUAGCGCCAAAGAGUCGCCGAGAAAAUCCAGUAUGUCUCGGUCAUCUACUCCUGUCAGUGUGGGAUCUGGAAUCUAUACAAAGAGAGCUCCAAUACCAGAACAGCCUGACAAGCCAUUUGAACUAAAACUUAACAUCACAGAGACAGAAUUUGUCGUUGUGGAAAACAUGGCAUGCUGGGACACUAAUGCAGUUAUUCUUAAGUCUACUGCUGUAUUAAGCUACAAACCAUCGGGCAAUGACAAACCCAUGUCGUGCAGUCUUCAGAGUCUGGAGGUGUUUUCGUGUAGUCUAUCCAGCGAAGAAGACACUGCACUAUCCAUUAUCGAUCCUGUCACUGUCAGUGUGGAGUUGAACAGUUCACCAACGUAUACUAGAACCAGCGGUCUAUUGGACGCUACUGUAGACACUGACGUACAGCCAAGUUUAGAGGUACAGAUUAUGCAAACACUAAAUAUUCGCGUCUCGUACCACGACAUAAAGCUGUUCAUGGCGAUAUUGAAUUCACUACCAAAACAAGCAAUACAGGCAGUGAGCCAAGAUUCAUUCCAGAAUAUAUCCUCACCGGAAGAUAUACAGAUCUUAGAUGAGGCGAAGAUUUCCAGUUUAGAAGACGUAGGAUUUGAGAGAGUUGACUGUAUACAGGCUUUAAAAGAGGUGGAUGGUCGCAUAGACGCAGCUGCUUCCUGGUUGUUGGAAAAUGCCAUACCAAGGUCUCCUAAACACAGUGAUACCCAGACUGAGUCUGAAGACUCUUUGGGACUGUCUGGUGUUGAGAUACGUGCUGGCUACAUCUGUAUAUGCUUAAUUGAUGACUGUAAGGACUGUGAUGUACCAUUGGCAGAAAUUUCACUUAGUAGUUUGUAUUUCUUACAAAAGUUCCAUGGUAUAAACGAUGGUCUAUCUGUAUUCCGUCUGUCCGGGGAUUAUUAUAAUAGAUACUUAUCAGGAUGGGAACCAUUCCUUGAACCAUGGAAGUGUAAGUUGGCAUGGCAACAGCAACCUGUAUCUGGCAGGAGUGCUGGUAGACUGGUGGUUGAAAUCAAAGCUGAUGAUCGUUUAGAUUUCAACUUAACGAGUUCGUUAAUAGAACUGUAUCGAAACACUAAGAAGAAUUGGACCGAGGAUUAUUACAACAUGGCGAGUUUACCGUCAGAUCAGAAGAGAAGACAGCCAUUUGUACCAUAUGCACUGAGGAAUCAAACUGGGUGUAAAUUAGAAUUUGCCACCAAGACUAGUAUAUCUACUGGUAUUGUGGCAUCAAGUUCUCAAAGUCACCUGCAGUCAGCUGUCACUGUUGAUAACCAUGGUAAAGUGAGUGAGUGGAAAGAAGUUCAACCUAAUGAAGAGUUACCAUUUGUCUUUGAAAGCAGAGUUAAGCUGAGACACAGAAGUACUCAUGAGUUAAAGCUGCAUCAGAUCGUGGUACGAGUUGAUGGAUGGCAAGAAUCUACAGCAGUCUCUGUGGAUAAAGUUGGAAUAGUCUUCAGACAAAUUCAACCAAAACGCAAAACUGCAUCCAGUAUUUAUUGUGAUCUGCCACCUGCACGGGUCGUAUUUGAUGUAACACUGGAAGGUAGUGCACGUAAAGUUGUAACUGUGAGGUCUUCACUCAUGAUAAUAAGUCGUGUUCAUGUUCCAAUGGAAUUAAAGAUGAUACACCCUUCUAACAAUGCAUCAGCAGGUUGUGUGGAUUUACCAUUACUGAGUCCGAAUGACAGUUUUUCCGUCCCUAUGCCUCUAACAUACUGGAAUCUGUAUGUGAGACCACGUCAAGACUGGGGUGUUCUAUACUGUGAGGAACCAAUACAUUGGAGGAAUGUGGCAAAACCUGGUGAAUCACGUAGUAAGAUUGUACAGUGUUUGAGACCUGGCACUGACAAAGGAGGAAACUUCAGAUUAUGUGCCUGCGUAAGACGUGAUGGUUUCCCAGCUGACUUUCCAAAUCGUAAAGGUACAGAGAGCCCACGUGUUGACUCAGCUCAGCAACCUGGACACACAAUUACAUUGUUGCCACCAGUUGUGCUCACAAAUCUGUUACCAUAUGAUUUGAACUAUUACAUCAAAGGCACUGAUAUCAGAGGACAGAUCAAACCAGGAAAAGAUGAACCAGUCUACCAGGCUGAUUUGAGCCAAGUUAGCGAGUAUGGAUUUGGUCUUGAGAACUAUCCUGAAUGCAGGGAGCUGGUGAUUCCAGUGAAUUUCUACCGAGAUUACAAAGUCUCUGUUCGUGUGAUGGAUAACCAGAGGAGAUUGCUGUUUCUAAAUGUGCAAAUUGAACCAAGAGCUGGGAAAUCACUCAAGAUAUCAAUAUCAGCGCCAUAUUGGUUGGUUAACAAGUCUGGUAUUCCACUGGUAUUUCGUCAAGAUAGUGGGAAAGGUGAUGCAGCUGGACAGUUUGAAGAACAUGAAUUGGCAAGAAGUUUAUCCCCAUUGUUAUUUUCAUACUCUGAUAAAGAAUGUCCAUAUUUAUGUACAAUGCGACUAGGUAAAGGUGUACACGGUGAGGAAGGUAUACCUAAUUGGUGCCAGCGAUUCUCAUUAGAAGGCGGCACUGGAGUGCGAUCUCUACAUGUAAUACAGCAUGGCCUGAGACCUGAUUGGGUGUAUAACAUUGGAAUUGACAUCCGUAAAGGGUUAGGAAGAUACCAUGAGACGCAGAUUGUAACCUUUGUACCUAGAUACCAAUUGGACAAUAGAAGUCGAUUUAAAAUCUCAUUUGCUCAGAGACAUUUUGUCAAGGGAUUGGGUGCAGCAGACCCUGUGACACACUUGUCAGCAUUGUCAGGUUCCAGUGUGUUGUUUCACUGGCCAAGAGAUGACUUAGAUCGCCUUCUAUGCAUAAGAAUAGCAGACAUAGAGGACUGUAAAUGGUCUGGUGGUAUACAGAUUGAUAAAACUGAUUCCUUUCACAUUAAUAUGAGGGGCAGCAACGGUCGAUGUAUAUUUUUACAUGUUGAGAUUACAAUGAAAGCUGCUACAUUCUUUGCUACAUUUACCGAUGCCGACCAAGUACCACCACCUUACAGACUUGAUAACUUGUCAGGAGUACCAAUUCUCUACUAUCAGAGUCAAGUAGCGGAUAAUACAUUGAGGACAAUAAUAAAACCCAGAACUAAAGGUACAUUUACAUUUAUGAAGAAAGUCAUGAGAAAUAAUAUGUUAAUUUUAAAGGAGGGGAGGCAAGGGGGAUAG